GCGCACCGACCCGGGCGGAGCUUCCCGGGCGAUCGCGAGAUGCGGGGAGGCUCGGGGGAGGCUGCGGCGGACGCGGGCGCGCCGGCCGGCGGCGUUGGGACCGAGGGGUCGCUGUCUCCGGAGGCGGCGGCGGAGGCGGCCAAGCUCCUGCCCUUCCUGGCGCCCGGCGCGCGGGCGGACCUGCAGGAGGCGGCGGCAGGGCACGUGCUGGCGCUGACGGGCUCGGGGCCGGGCCGGACGCUGCUGGCUGGGCAGGCGGCGCUGCUGCGGGCGCUGGUGGAGUUGGCGGCGGCAGCCGCCCCGGCCCCGGCCCCGGCCCCGGCCCGCGACGCCGCCCGCGCCCUCGUCAACCUGGCCGCCGACCCCAGCCUGCACGAGUCGCUGCUGGCGGCUGCGCCGGGGCUGCCCGCCCGCUUGCUCGGCCGCGCGUUGGACCCACAGUGGCCCUGGGCGGAGGAGGCGGCCGCCGUGCUGGCCAACCUCAGCCGCGAGCCGGCGCCGUGUGCUUCGCUGAUGGAGGCGCUGACGGCCGCGGAGCCCGGGGAGGCCGGCCUGGAGCGGCUGGUGCGCGCGCUGUGCACGCCCGGCUACAACGCCCGCGCGCCCCUGCAUUACCUGGGUCCAGUGCUCUCCAACCUCAGCCAGCGACCCGCAGCGAGGGCCUUCCUGCUGGACCGGGACAGGUGCGUGGUCCAGCGGCUGCUGCCCCUCACCCAGUACCCGGACUCCACAGUGCGCAGGGGCGGGGUCGUGGGGACGCUGCGAAACUGCUGCUUCGAACACCGACACCACGAAUGGUUGCUGGGGCCCGAGGUGGACAUUCUCCCCUUCUUGCUACUGCCCCUGGCUGGGCCUGAGGACUUCUCUGAGGAGGAGAUGGAGCGCCUGCCCGUGGACCUGCAGUACCUGCCACCAGACAAGCAGCGGGAGUCUGAUGCUGACAUCCGGAAGAUGCUCAUUGAGGCCAUCAUGUUGCUGACGGCCACAGCACCUGGUCGGCAGCAGGUGAGGGACCAGGGAGCCUACCUGAUUCUCCGAGAGCUGCACAGCUGGGAGCCUGAGUCUGAUGUGCGGGGGACUUGUGAGAAACUCAUCCAGGUGCUGAUUGGGGAUGAGCCGGAGCGUGGCAUGGAAAACCUGCUGGAAGUGCAGGUGCCUGAGGCUGUGGAGCGGCAGCUGCAGGAGCUGGACCGCCAGGAGCAGGAGCAGUGCCUGCGGGAGCAGCAGGAGCGGGAGCUAUCUCCAGAGCCACAGGCGGAGGGGGCUGCACCCACCUGAGGCACCUGCACAGGCCAUCGCCAGCUCCAGGCCCACCUUGACGAGCCCACCCGUCCUGGCCUCCCAGAUCAGGCCUUCCUGCAGCUGCCUGCAGGGCUCUGGGUCACCUUGCUCCGAGGCUGUGCCCUACUGAGAAGCAGAGCUACACUUAAGCUCUGGGUUCAUGCUGAGGGCUCUCGGGCUAAUGCCCUGAAACAUUGGAGGGUUGCGGGCACCUCCCUGUGCCCUGUUGCUUGAGCAAAAAUGCAGCUGGUGCCUGGCCAGCGUGGUUCAGUGGUUGAGUAUUGACCUAUGAACCAGGAGUCACGGUUUGAUUCCUGGUCAGGUCAGGGCACACUGAGCCGGGUUGCAGGCUCCAUCCCCAGCAUGGGGCGCGCAGGAGGCAGCCGAUCAUAGUUCUGUCUCAUCGCUGAUGUUUCUCUCUCUCUCCCUCUCCCUUCCUCUCUGAAAUAAAUAAAAAAAUAUAUAUUUUUAAAAUGUAA